UAUAAACCUGGUUCUGGCUGUCCCUGUGCCAGGCCUCCAAGUGCCCUGAGAGCUACCGGCCGGGGUCGGGGGGCUAUGGGAGCUCAGGGCAGGCACCUCCCAUGCUCCCACAGGAGCCACCAGGACAUGAAGGUCAUAGGCCUCUCCUCUCCUCCUCUUCCUGUUUGACCUGAAUGCCGCCAGGCCGACAGCCUCAAGGAUUCCAUCUGAGAAGAUGCAGGCUGGGUGUGUGGGGAGCAGUAGAGGGGCUGGUGUGUGCACAUAUGUGCACAGCUCAGGACAGAGGCUCCCUGGACUUGGGGUGGGGAGCGCCAGGGCCCCAACUCUAACCCUCGUUCUGCUCCUCUUGACCUCUGCUCUCUGGACCAAAAAUGGAGGACUCAUUCUAGACUAGGAGUUCUUACGGUCUAGGAGCCCCCUUAAGUUAAAUGUUUAUAUGUAAAGGCCAUUUUUCUGAGAGGCCAUAGCUUUCAUCAGCGUGCCGAAAAGCAUGAGAUCGUCUGCUCUAAAAGCCUCUGCCCCAGUGCUGCCUAGUUUCAGAGCCCCCGAUGGUCUCAUGUUGGGUUUUGGAGCAGGCAGAGAAGCUGCAGUGGGGCCACCAGCCAGUCCUUAGAGUCCUGGGUUAAGGCCUCUUCUCCAGGAGGCCCUUUUUAAAGGGUUUCUCUGUUGCCUGGAGGCAGGAGUGACCUUCCGGUACGCAGGAAACCCUGAGGGUACCUAGGAGGCCCCUAGCUAGUGGGUUGGGGAAGGAAGACAGGACCCCUGGGGCCACUGAAAUCGUGGAGCUCUCAGAGACCUGAGUGCCGGUCCCUUCUGCCACUCUUUGGGUAGAUCCCCUGUCUUCCCACAGGCCCUGUGUCUUGCUCAGUCCAUCUGACUCCGCUUUCCCAUCCUAGGCCUCAGGUGGGUGGCAGGCCCUUUCCUGCUUGCCCUCUGCCCUCCCUCUCUCUGGCCCUACCCAGCCUCUGCCAAUCUGUGUGCCUCCCAGGAGCCGGGACACUCCCUGAGUCCUCUGGGAGCCCUUAAGCCACACUGAAAACACAGACCCUGGGAGAAGCAGCCAGCAGUGAGGAAUCCUGGAACCCCUUCCCAGGGAGAGCCUUCCCAUGACCCCCAUGAAGAGAUCGGUGCAAACACAGGUGUCAGAGCCCUUCACGGAGUCCUGGGGUGAGGAGUCCCUGCCGGAGCUCCCCACAGAGCAGUCCCUGACCGAGUACUCUGACCUCGAGGAGGCUCCCUCGGCGCACACUCUCUAUGUGGGCCAUCUGAACCCCCAGUUCUCAGUGCCGGUGCUCGCCUGCCUGCUGCGAGACACCCUGGAGCGGCUGGAGAUGCCGGUGGCGCGGGAGCACAUCGAGGUGGUGAGGCGGCCGCGGAAGGCCUAUGCGCUGGUGCAGGUGACUGUCCGCAGGGACACCCUCGCCUCCCUCCCCUGGCGCCUGCAGACGGCCCUGGAGGAGCACCUAAUCCUCAAGGAGCUGGCAGCCCGUGGGAAGGAGCUGCUAUUGAGUGAGGCCCAAGGGCCCUUCAGCCACAGAGAGGAAAGGGAGGAGGAGGAGGAGGACAGUGGCCUGAGCCCUGGCCCCAACCCAGGCUCUGGCGUCCCGCUGCCCGCCUGGCCUACACACACGCUGCCUGAUAGGCCCCAGGCCUGGCAGCUGCAGAGCUGCCAGGGCCGGCCCAGUGGCGUGUGCUCCGACAGUGCCAUUGUGCACCACGAGAUCAUGGGCAAGGACCAGCUCUUCCAGGGUGCCUUCCUGGGCAGCGAGACCCGCAACAUGGAGUUCAAGCGGGGCAGCGGCGAGUACCUGAGCCUGGCCUUCAAGCACCACGUGCGGCGCUAUGUGUGCGCCUUCCUCAACAGCGAGGGCGGCAGCCUGCUCGUGGGAGUGGAGGACAGCGGCCUGGUGCGGGGCAUCCGCUGCAGCCACCGUGACGAGGACCGCGCACGCCUGCUGGUGGACUCCAUCCUGCAGGGCUUCAAGCCUCAGGUCUUUCCCGAUGCCUACACUCUGACCUUCGUCCCUGUGAUCAGCACCUCGGAGACCAAUGUCCCCCUCAAGGUGAUCCGCCUGACCGUGCACACCCCCAAGGCCCAGAGCCAGCCGCAACUCUACCAGACAGACCAGGGGGAGGUGUUUCUGCGGCGCGACGGGAGCAUCCAGGGCCCCUUGUCCGCCAGCGCCAUCCAGGAGUGGUGCAGGCAGAGGUGGCUGGUGGAGCUGGGCAAGCUGGAAGAGAGGGUGAAGGUGCUGACGAUGGAGAAGGAGCAGCUCCAGCAGCAGCUGCAGCAGCACGGGCCUAUGUCCUGCACCUGCUGUGUCCUGUGAGGGCCCUGGAGAACAGGCAGGAUGGCGCGGCGCUCUCCACCUGAGACCCAGGAAUUUCCUGUUUGAGCCUAAGGCCGACCCAGUAAAGCCCAUGCAGGCUGCUGAGAGGCGGACAGGGGCUCCUUCAACAUGACACAGGAGCCCAUGUGGCUUCAACCCUGACAGCCCCCAGUCUGUGUAGCCAAGAAAUUGCUCUCAGGCCUGUCCCCUAACGACCUUUCUUUUAGAAAGAACGUG